AUGAAGCGGCAAAACGUGCGUACCCUGUCCCUGAUCGUGUGCACGUUCACGUACCUGCUCGUGGGAGCGGCCAUCUUCGACGCACUCGAGUCCGACCACGAGGGAAAGAUGAACAAGACGCUAACCUACAUCGAGGACAUGCUGGUGCGCAAAUACAACAUCAGCGGUGACGACCGCAAGAUAUGGCAGACGGUGGUCAUCAAGAUGGUGCCUCACCGUGCGGGCACCCAGUGGAAGUUCACCGGGGCCUUUUACUUUGCCACCACCGUGCUCACCACCAUCGGGUACGGCCACUCCACACCGGCCACCUGGGGAGGCAAGACCUUCUGCAUGUUCUACGCCCUGGUCGGUAUCCCCCUGGGCCUGGUCAUGUUCCAGAGCAUCGGUGAGCGGCUCAACACCUUCGUCGGCUACCUGCUCAAGCACGGCAAGCGCUGCCUGCGCAUGCGCAACACGGACGUGUCCGAGACCAACCUGGUCUGCCUGGUGUCCGUGCUCAGCACUGUGGUAAUGACCACGGGUGCGGCCGCCUUUUCCGCCUACGAGGGCUGGGACUACUUCGACUCUUUCUACUACUGCUUCAUCACGCUCACCACCAUAGGAUUUGGCGACUACGUGGCGCUCCAGAAGGAAGGCGCCCUCAAACAGAAGCCGGAGUACGUCGCCUUCAGUCUGGUCUUUAUCCUGUUCGGCCUCUCGGUCGUCUCUGCCGCCAUGAACCUCCUGGUGCUCCGCUUCCUCACCAUGAACACCGAGGACGAGCGCCGGGACGAGGCCGAGGCCCAGUGCGCCGCCCAGGAAGCCGUGCGACUAGAAGGCGAUGUCAUCACCGCCAACGGUAGCGUCAUCUCGGGCCACGGGGGAGGGGACCACUCGGACACGGACGACGUGACGUCCGUAUGCUCGUGCACCUGCUACGCGCACGGGGGCGGCGGGGGCUCUAGGCAGGCCUCGCAGCAGCAGCAGAGGUACUCGCUGAGGUACUCGCCGUCCCCCGCCGAGUCGUCCACCGUCCACGACGACGUACUGCUGCCGCUGGAUGCGCUUAUGAUGAAGAGGGCUUCUGUCUGAGUGGUCGCUGUCCGAAGGCGCCGCUGGCGUCGCCAACGCCGGAGCGACCGCCGCUCUUUACCGCUAGAAGACUGGAUGACCUUG